AUAUGUAAUGCGGGAAUGACGCGCACGCCCAGCACAACGUAAUCAAUAGGAUAUACGGAAAGUUAAAAGAAAGGUAUAGGCCAGAGUUGAAACGUGUGACGAAUGUCAUUCGAAAAUAUUUUCAUUUCAAGUUCCAUUCUUUUUUAAUGUUACUAUUCGGUUUUACCAAGAUUUAACGGGACAUUUUUUAAAGUAAUGAGGUCCUGGCUAUUAUCGUUUUUCGCGUUUCUUGUUAUCAUUCAAGCAUCAACUAGAGGUGAACGAAUAACAUUCAGCCCAGUUAAAGUAUGGGCUCGAAAAUUAGGCUUCGAAUUGUCACAACUCGGAAAAUAUGUCACAAACGUAGAAAAAUUUCAAGAUACCUACAAACAUGCGACGGUCCAACCGAAAGAUGGAAGUCAGUUGGUUAAAGAUAUUGCCAAGGAUAUUAAAGCUAUGAUGGAGUCGAAAAUUUCCGCAAUUAAGCGAAUAAUGGACGUUGCGCAGAAGGUUGCCGAGUCAGCGCCUGACGUAACGCCAACAAAAGACUACCUUUAUGUGAAUGCAAAAAAUAAUACGAUAGAUUUAACGAAUGAUUUUCAUUUUGGUGGUUUAGUUAAUUUAAGUAUGUCGGCUGUUCAUGUGCCAACAAAUGUUUAUGAUCGUGCACCAGAAGUGAUACGUGCAAUAAAAUGGUCCGAGGAAUUGGAUAAAAUUUUUGUAAAUAAUUAUCAACAAGAUCCAUCAUUAUCGUGGCAAUAUUUUGGCAGUGCCACUGGUUUUAUGAGACAAUUUCCAGCGACAAAUUGGCAAAUGGAGGAAGUUGAUUUAUUUGAUUGUCGCACAAGAAGUUGGUACAUUGAAGCGGCAACAAGUCCAAAGGAUAUUCUUAUUCUUGUUGAUACAUCGGGUAGUAUGACGGGAAUAAGAAAAGAAAUUGCCCGUCAUGUUGUUAAUAAUAUUCUCGAUACAUUGGGAAAUAAUGAUUUUGUCAAUAUCAUCACAUUCUCCAAUGAAACCAGUAGCGUUGUUAAGUGUUUUAGUAAUCGAUUGGUACAGGCGAAUUUGGCGAAUAUUCGUGAAUUGAAAAAGGGCAUACAAAAUAUGACGACUGAGAGGAUAGCAAAUUUUUCAAUGGUUUUGUCGCAGGCUUUUGAAAUGUUGGCUUACUAUCGUGCGAGUAAGGAGGGUGCUGAUUGCAAUCAAGCAAUAAUGCUAAUUACUGACGGUGUUCCAGAGAAUUAUAAAGAUACAUUUAAAUAUUACAAUUGGUACAGUAAUCCUGAUAAUCCUGAUCAGGCGGAUAUGCCUGUCAGAAUAUUCACUUAUCUCAUUGGCAGAGAAGUGGCCGAUUACAGGGAAGUGAAAUGGAUGGCAUGCGCGAAUAGAGGAUAUUUUGUACACUUAUCAACGAUGGCAGAAGUUCGUGAACAGGUAUUAAACUACAUACCUGUUAUGGCGAGGCCAUUGGUACUAAAGAAAACAGAUCAUCCAACAAUUUGGACCCCGGUCUAUGCGGACAUUGAGGAUCCAAAAAUGACUGAUUGGCUCUGGGAGCAAAAUCUUUGUAGUCAGCAAAAAAUGAUUGUUCUUAGAAGUAGAAUGGUGAAUCAAACAUCAGACGAUGAUGAUGAUUCAAUUGAUGAAUUUGAGGAGACAUAUUCCCGUUAUCAGGGUCAACAGAAAUAUAGAUUAAUGACAUCAGUCAGUACACCGGUUUACGACACACGAUCCAACGCGAACAUCACUGAGCAGGUCCUGGUGAAAGAGGCCUACUGGGUCGAAGAGACAAGAGAGAUGAAAAUAGCAAAACUUCUUGGCGUUGCCGGAACGGAUGUGCCAAUUACGGAAAUACAAAGAUUUAUGAUGCCCCAUACGCUGGGCGUCAAUGGUUACGCUUUUCUUGUAACAAAUAAUGGUUAUAUUCUGACACAUCCAGACCUUCGUCCAGUGUUUCAGAAUAUUUUAAAACCAGCGUACAAUAGUGUGGAUAUGGUUGAGGUCGAAUUGGUGGAUCAAGACAGAGGUCCACGUGAUUUUGACGAUGCUCUAAUAGCGCUUCGUGAUGACGUGAUUAAUCAAAAGAGCGGUAGCGUGACACUUCACACGAGAUACCAUUACGACGAUAUGCAACGGGUCGGCAGAGUAAGGAGAAAAUACGAUUACAUGGGAAUUGAGAAUACAACGUUUGCUGUGGUUGUCAGUUUACCCGAGUAUGAUCAGAAUGGUAAUAACAGAGUUCAUGCUGCUGUUGAAACCAAAAGAUUAUUGUCUCAAGGGACAAAUGUGCUCGCCUACUUCUCAGGAAAUAAUUGGCGAGUUCAUCCAGAAUGGAUUUAUUGCAAGUUAGUUGUGGACAAAGUAUACCAUUACGAUGGGGAAUUUGAAUUUAGAUCACCGGAAGAUCAACUUUUGCACUUUUUAAAUAGAACUCGACAACAGGAACCUCCAUGGAGGUGGAUUGAUGCUAAACAAAGAUCACAACCACCGGAGAAAUCCAAUACCAGUUCAAAGACUAGUUCAAAGUCAGUAGAUUCUUAUUACUGUGAUCGGCGUCUUCUACUGACUUUAGUGCAUGAUGCUCAGGUAACCCAAUGGUUCGCGAAUGCCUCAUCAACUCGCGACGAAAAAGGACUUUUAACUAGGCUGAUGAAACUCUUACCCAGGAAAGAAUUCUGGCAACGUUUUGGAUUCACUGUCUCCUUUAUGGCGACGCACAGUGGUCUAACGAGAUGGCAAGAGUUUCAUUUGGAUGAUGACGUCAAGGAGAAGGAGGAGAGUUUUGGUUCAAAAUACCCUCGGGCAAUAGAUGAAAUUUGGUAUAAAAGAGCUGUUGAACAACACUAUGUUCAUCCGGAGAGUUUUGUAUUUUCUGUACCAAUUAUUCACAAGCAUCGAAAUUUAAUUAAUAAUAGUACAUUGGUCACUGCCAGUCGUGCUGUAUUUGUUGGUUCUGGAGCAUUAAAAGCACCAGUUGGUGUGGUGGGUUUUCAAUUUUUACAUUCGGCAUUGCAGGGUCUAUUUCAGAAUAUAACUGACACCUGCGAGAAUUGUACAGCAAAUUGCAAGCAUCCAGACGUUGCUUGUUAUCUCAUAGACAAUCAUGGAUAUAUUUUAGCGUCAAAUGACGAAAAACAUGCGGCUAAAUUUCUCGGUGAAGUCCGCGGCACUAUAAUGAGAAGCCUGAUACACAGGGGAAUUUUUAAUAAGGUCACAAUUUACGAUUAUCAGGCCGUGUGCUUUCCACCUACAGCAGAAAGCAACGAUGGAAAUAUUCUGAUAACUCCAUGGAAACUUCUCCGGUCAGCAGCAUCAUGGUUUUUUGCACAUGCUGCAUGGGCAAUUGCAAAAGCUGGAAUCUGGCACAGCGAUUAUGCUUACGCAAAUAUGGAUUUAGAUUCGAAUCAAGAAUUUGCCGAUGAUAGUUCACAAAUGUCAGACGAGACAAGGGAAGCUCGAUAUUAUGACAAAAUUAAAAUUAAAAGGACGAGGCCACAAUCUUGUGACAAGGAGGUGGAUUUGUAUCUUUUGAAUCACACGCACACAAGGGAUUACGACGUGGAUUCCGACAGGUGUGCCCGGCCUUACGUCAUUCAACCAGUCGAACUAAGUAACAUGUUACUGCUGAUAAUUGACACAACAUGUCCCGAAAUGGAGGAGAAUAAUUUCAAAAUAAUGCACACAGAAACAAUUGAGGACAAUUCAAUAAUGUCAUUGGCAUGUAUGAAAGCAGUGAAUAGCACUUUAAAACGAAAAAGACCAAUGUCCUGUGUACGUAGUCAUCGAAAUGAAAGUGAAAUACGCGAUCAGUGCGGUCAUGCAUCGAACUUGAAAUCAAAUUUCAAAUUCGUCAUUAUUUCACUCGUUAUAUCUUGUUAUCAACUCAGGCUAUAUUUUCGCUUCUCCUAAACUAUAAUAUACAAUAUAGCCCACGUGAAACAACAAUUUUUUAUCCCUCAAAAAAACGGAAUUAGCCAAAAAUAAAGAAAAAAAAAAGAAAUUUUUAUCAAAGACUGCUACACAAUUUCAAAAUUCGUCAAAUAUUUUUCAAAAUUUUUUCACACAAUUUUUCAAAAACUAGUUCUUUAAUGAAUUUAUCGAUUAUAUUUAAUCGAAAAAACACGAUUUUUAAUAUAUAUACUAGUUUUUAAGAUUUCUCCCCAAAAAUAUUGGUUAGAAAAAAAAUUUCUCAAAUUUACAAUUUUCUAAAUAGUUCAAGAAAAAAAAUAUGUUCCUUUAUCUGCUGCAAAUAUUUCUCAUUAAAAAUAUAAUUCGUUAGUAUUGUUAAAAUGUACUAACAUAGAAAUUAAAAAAAGAGCUUUUGUCGUUUUUCCAAUUCAAGAGAGUAGAAUAAUUAAAGACUGGAAUUUUUCAUUUAAUGGGCAUUUACGUAAUAAUCCCAGACAAAAAAAUCAACAUGGUCCAAAGAGAAGAAUAAAAUUCCAAAAUUAAAAUCGAUUAAUAAUAAUUUAGAAAAAAAUAACUCGUUACAUCAAUUUUUACUAUAAAUUUUUCCUCUGUAAAUAUAAUACGCUAAUUAAAAAAAACGAAUAGUAUUCUCUAAUAGAGAAUCAAAGUCCUCUUUGCAAUUCUUAAAGUAUAAAUACAUUUUACGAGAAAUGCAUACGAAGUAUUUCGUUUGUGCGCGAAUAAAAAUAGGAAUUAAAUCUAUAUAUAAAAAUAAAUAAAAGGGAAAGGAAAAUAAAAGUAUUAAUUGCACUAAAAGUACGACGUUUUGUGUUCUCAGCGCAGUGUAUAAGAAGUGGGGAUAGAGAGUCAUCCCCUCUCCCUGCGUGCUGCGCGCGCAUCACACAAAAAGUGGAAAUAAUGCUCAAAUCAUAGCAUUAUUUCUACAAUAAACUAAUUCGAAAUGAAUUCUACAAACAAAAAACGAUAAUUUCAUAUGCAUAGAGAAAAAGUGCUGAUUUUUCAACAACAAAAAAAUACUCCCCAUUGUAAAAAUUUUUUUUUUUUUAAAUAAAUAUAUCUUUAGGACGCCGGCGUCCAACAUGUUACCAAUUUUUUUCAACAACUCACUUUACUCCCCUCCAAUUAAAAAGCAAACAAUAUUGUGAAACAAUACCAAAAGUUGAAAUAUAGUCCAAAAAUGAUAUAAAAUAAUAAAAUAAACAAAAAUAGACGUGAAAAUUCGUACUGCCGAAUAAACGUGACGAAAUGCGUUUGUUAAUAUGCGCUGCUACUUUUUCACCCUUACUGCAUGUUUUUUAUAAACUAUAUAUAUUAUAAAAAAAAUUGUAUAUAUCAUGGUGCUCUUGAUUUGAUUGAAAAUAGUGUGUAUGUUGAGUGUUCAAAAAAUUUAAUUCACGUUAAUUGCCAAUUUCUGGCAUAAUCUUUUAAUAUUUUAUUUAAAUCAACAAUUUUUUUAUUAUCAUUAUUAUUAUUAUUAUUAUUAUUAUUAUUAUUAUUGAUAUUAUUAUUACU